AUGAACAUUUUUGCCAACGACGAUCGAGCAAAGUUCCGGCACACGACGACCGGCAGACUGCAGCACCUGCGAGGAGGACCGGUCACGGACACGACGACGGGUGGCAUUUCGGACGGCGACAUCCUAGAGCGCGCGUUCAUGGAGACGGACGAGAGUGACAUGCCCAGGAAUCGGCUGUACCGGGCGAUGGACGAGUAUCUGACGGAGAUGAAGGCGCGUGAGCACUCGCACCCGGCAGUGUCGCUGUCUGGGGGAGUGGACUCGAUGCUGAGUGACAAGCACGGAGGGUUCAAGAUCGUGGCAGUGCAUCUUGACUACGGCAACCGCGCCGAGAGCGGAGCCGAGUGUGAAUACGUGCGUCGCUGGUGCGAGAGGUUUGGAAUUAUUUUCUAUGUCCGAAGGGUUGACGAGGUGAAGCGAGCGACCACGAAGCGUGAUGACUACGAGCGCGUGUCGCGGGAGAUCCGGUACUCGGCGUAUGCGGAUGCGGACGGAGCUGCUGAAAGGAGACCAUGCCAUUGUGCAGGGGAGGAAUAG